GGCCACUAGCCAUUCCCCAUUGCAAAACAGUACGAUGACCUUAUCCUGGCAGAAAAGGGACAGGAGGAUGCUGUUUCCCCUCUGCCUUCCUCUGUCGCUCCAUCUUCUCUAAUCUCUCUGCUUCUUUCUUCUAGUCCAAAAGGAGUCAGAAGAACGCAUGAACUAGAGAGACAGAGUCAAAAUGCAUGCUCUGUCGUCUCUCCCUUUGCAAAUUCCAGCAGCGGCCCUUCUGACUCCCUUGAAAAAGCACCAAACUUUCGAUACGCCACCGCUUGAUCAUCGCGCGAACUCGCCGAGGAACCCGCGGCGGCUGCUGCUCCCCAAAUGCAAUCAGUUCCCAACCCGCCUCUCACCAAAACCAAAACCUAGUUUCACAAAGUGCAGGUCUCACGAUAAGCCAGAAGAAUAUGGGGUUGAGAGGCUAUUCUCCAACGUUAACCAAGUCACUUUGAAGAGAGAACCCGGAAGCUUGCCCAGUGCAAUUUUCCUUGUGGCGGGUACCACGGUGGGUGCUGGGAUUCUGGCAAUUCCUGCAGUUACCCAAGAUUCUGGAUUCUUGGCCUCUGCGGUUGCUUGCAUUGUCUGCUGGAUAUUCAUGGUUACUACAGGGUUGCUCGUUGCGGAAGUUAAUGUGAACACCAUGUGUGAAUUGGGCUCUGGUGGAGUGUCAUUGGUAUCCAUGGCCAAGCGUACCCUUGGGACAGCAGGAGUUCAAAUUGCCUGCUGGUCUUACAUAUUCAUCCAUUAUGCCCUUCUUGUGGCCUAUGUAGCUCGCUCUUCAGAUAUUAUAACAAACUUUCUCGGCAUUCCACUAUGGGAGAGUGCCGCCUUAUUCUCUUUGGGCUUGGGAAGCAUAUGCUACUUUGGAAGGUCUGUAUAUGGAUGUUGAGAUUGAUAUCUAUCUAAUGAAGUAUACUUGUACAUAUUCCUUGUUUUGUUUGCUCAUGAAUAUGGAAAAAGAUGUCUCCACUAUUGCAACUACGAGAUGUAUGUCUCUGUUUCUACUAGAAGUUGAUGGAGGUAGAAUCAGCUCAUCUGACAGCUAAGUAAUGUGUUGUGAAAACUUCCAGAAUAGCACUAGGAAUAUCUAAAACCAGAGCAUGGAAGUAAAUAGGUCACUUGACUGGUCUGUUAGACUGUUACUACUUUUACAUAUUCAGUAAGAACUUUGAGAUUCAUCUUAGUCUCCCAUUAUAAAUGGAUAAAUUUGAUCCUGUACUCACCUUAAUGUUGCAGCCAGAGAGUCAUUGGUGCUGUUAAUGGAUCUCUUGUUGUGGGGAUUAUCAUUUCUUUCACAGGGCUAGUGGUUGUAGCAAGUGCAAACCUGCACUGGGAUGCUCUUCUAAAAGCAAAUUUUGAAGCUGUUCCAAUGAGUAUACCAAUAAUAGCACUUUCAUUUGUUUAUCAGAAUGUGGUACCUGUUAUUUGCACAAAUCUUGAAGGUAACCUGUCAAAAGUAAGGACUGCAAUCGUACUGGGCACUGCCAUUCCUCUAGGCUUGUUUCUUGUCUGGAAUGCUGUAAUCCUUGGAUCCCUUGUCAGCCAAGAAACCAGCAAUAUGGUGACUGAUCCUUUGCAGCAGCUGCUUUCUACCAAUGGAGGUGUUGGGGCAAUAGUUGAGGUCUUCUCGCUUCUCGCAAUUGCGACAUCUUAUAUUGGCUUUGUUCUCGGCCUUGCUGACUUCCUUUCUGAUUUGCUAGAACUCCCCACUGGCAAGAAUAGCGCUCUACCCUACAUUCUAACAUUGUUUCCACCGUUGGUACUAUCACUGCUAGAUCCUGAGAUAUUUUUCAAGGCCUUGGACUUUGCAGGGACAUAUGGAGUACUCGUGUUAUUUGGGAUUCUUCCUGCUGCAAUGGCUUGGUCGGAUCGUUACUCAAGCACAUCUUCGUCGAUGAAAUUGCCGGAACUUGUUCCUGGGGGGAAAGUUACUCUUUCCCUUCUCAUUGGAGGUGCAGGGUCCGUCAUUCUAUCUGAACUAGUAGAGAAACUCGGGCAUCCCAAUUAAAAAACUGCAAGCAGUUUCAUCUCUGCUUCUUCUUCUGCAAGUCCGUGAUGUGGAUUCAUUUUACUAGCAGUUGGAGAGUUUCAGGAUAUCCCUCUUGUACAUAGAUGGCCGGCCUCAAAGGGAUUGCCAAAAAGAGAGAACAGUAUAGUAUAGUAAUAUCACCAGUGACUCCUGCUUCUUUACAUUUCUUUACAGGAACUGAUGUGCAAAAAAAUCUUAUCAGCCACCAUUUACUGAGAAAGUGUACCAAAACUAGACCAAAUAGCUUUCCAAAUGCAAUGAAAAAUUGUGGGUGGGGUAAGAGAUUAAACAAGCAUUUCUCCAUAAACCAAAGCUGGUCUGCCCAUAGUCCUCAUUCCUACAUUACUAGACCCGCUGAAGAAAGAGCUCGAUGAAAUCAUUUCUGAAUGUGAUG